AUGGACCGUCUGAUGGCCGCGCUCGCGUUCAGCGCGCUGUGCACCCUCUGCAGCGGCGGGUACCUAGGGCCCGUGGGGCCCGCCCCGGCGCGCUUUGCACCCCCCGCCCCCGUGGGCCAGGACGGGAACGUCAUCGACACCCCGGAAGUGGCCCAGGCGAAGGCCGCCCACUUCGCCGAGUUCGCCCGGGCAGCCAACCGGGCGGCCGAGAACGCGCAGAGACAGGGCGGGCACGCCGUUCCCCAAGGUCACAAUGCCGGAUUCGCAUACAACAGCCCCGCUGCAGCUGCACCUGCCCCGUCGUACUCUGGCCACUAUCCGCAACCUGUGCCUCAGCAAUACGGCUACGAGCAGAGAAGUUAUCCGACCCCGAGGACAACCUACGUCUCUCAGGGCCCAAAAUCCCCCUUCGUCCCGGCCCCCUUAGCUGAAGAUGGCACCGUCGUAGACACCCCCGAAGUCGCGGCCUUGAAGGCCGCAAGACUUGCCGAACUCGCGGAUGCUGAAGCUCGUGCAUACAAAUUCGGCGGGACCGAAGAGUACCAAUCUCCCGGUCAAGGUUAUUCCGCCCCCCAGGGUGCGUCCAAUGCCUAUGGCGGAGUUGCACAGGGAGCCUUGAAAAUUGGGUUGCAAAUUCGGGGGGUGGUAAAGGAGGUGGUGGAUGGUUAUCGAAGGAUUUGUUGCAUAAAGCUUCAGGCGCAAAAAUUCCUGUGGUACCGAUUGAAAGCACACCACGAAGCUUUCGACCUUGGAAACCAAAUAGGGCCGGUGGGUGGUCAGAGAGAAGGUCGGACGACCCAUCGUCGCUCGUCUCUCGGCGAAAUGGCCCUGAGGUUAAUUGUGGUGACAUCGGCGGCCCUGGCCGCGGCGACCCUGGUCGAAGCCAAAUACCUGUACGAGUACACGGGAACAGGUGCCCCCCUGUCCCCCGAUGGAUCCGUCGUGGACACCCCGGAGGUGGCUCGUGCCAGAGCGGCGCACAUGGCGGCCUACGCCGAGGCCGCGGCGAGGGUGGUCCAGGAAGGUCCAGAAUACAUGGACGACUACUACGAGCACGCCCUGGACUUCGAGGUCGCACCCUACGAGGUCCCCGUCGCCGUCCUCGGCCCCGCUCGCGUCUACCAGGGCCCCGCCGCGCCACUGGCGCGCGAUGGCCGCGUCGUCGACACGCCGGAGGUCGCUCGAGCGAAGGCGGCGCACCUGGCGGCGCACGCGCGGGAGACGGCAGCGGUGGCGGAGUACGAGGUGCAGUACGAGCCCUGGAUGUACGAGGCCCCCGAAGAGCGCGAUCCAUGGCUCCCCGUGAAGAUAGUGGGCCCCAUUUCUCCGGCAAGGUACCAGGGGCCCCCCGCACCCCUGGGGCCCGACGGACGCGUCGUUGAUACCCCGGAAGUGGCGCGGGCCCGCGCGGCGCAUCUUAAGGCCCACGCCAGGGCGGCGUCCCUGGCGGGGCCCCAUGGCCCUGAAGAAUUCUACCGACACUAAGGCCCCUCGCCAUUUACCCUAGAUCCCCCUCCGAAACGCCGCAAAAAUUCUCCUCUUGGUACACGCAGAAAAAUAUCUGGUAAAAAUCGAGGAAUUCCCAAUCAACACACGGUGGUUGUCGCGCCGACAAAAUGCCUGGUCGGUGUGACAAAAUUGAUUAAAUAUUCGAUUGGAAAGUACCUGCUUAUAAUCUUGACAUAAUUUGCCGAGGAACGCGAGAUACUGAAGCAACUCGGUGAAUUUAACGAAGAUUUUGGGGUUAUCGUUAUUUAUUGAAGAUAUUUUCUAAAGGUGACAAAGGCGAUCUCAUCGAAACUGUUUGGCUGGUUCGAGUAAGUGGAUUUUGAAAUUAAGAGAAUGAAAUGAAAUUGGUCCAUCUUUUUUCUUUUCUGCGUGUACCAGAUGCACCGAGAGGAUGAGACCAGAAGACCUCGAAGAGAGGUCCUCCCUUCCCGAAGAAUCGCGGAAUUUCCUUUACAGCAGCUUCAGACCCUGUGGCGGAAGAAGGGUCGUUAAAGGGAGGACGCGAGAUUGCCGGGGCACUUUCCCCGGAGAAAAGUGGCGGUUUUGACGCGCUGUAGCACUUCUGGUACCCUCUUCAGGGGGUGGUGACCGGGAAGAAUUUUUUCCCGAGAAUGCCCGGGGGGAACGCGAACCCGGGACAAGGUCGACCGAGGCUCCUGGACCCUGAAGAAACCCAUGAAAUCCUGCUUUUUCCCCCAUGGGGGACCCCCCUAGGAGCCUGCUCUCGACGAGCACCUUGACCCGAAUUUCAGACUCGGCCCAUUAACUCCAGAAAAUACCUGCCCUUUGUAAAUAAGAUUUUGUAUCUCGCGAGACCCCUGCGAAUGGAA